AUGGUCCCAAGCCGCGGAAUCUCAGUCUGCCGCCCAGCGGAAUGGGCCAAACACGCACGCACAAUCCUUGCCUGGCCGUCUCCCAAAGCCGCCCCCUACAAAGACGACGACGCAGCCCUGCGCCGCGCCACAGACGACGUGAGCUCCAUCGCAGAGGCCGUUGCUCGUUUCGAGCCCGUGUCCAUCCUAGUCGAUCGCGAGUGUCUACCACAGGCCGAGAAGCGGUUUCGCUCAACGCACAGCCACGGGAUACAUGUGCAUGCCCUGGCCAGAGGCGGGCUAGACGUGUGGAUGCGCGACAUGGCGCCGACUUUUACAAUCGAGACAAACAACACAAGCAGAAGAGAACUGCGCGGCGUGGCAUUCAACUUCAACGGGUGGGGGAAUAGAUUCCCCUCGGAGGCGUGCAGCAGCUUCGCAAAGGCGUACCUCGCCGACGCGGGGAUCCGACCGGUCUCGUCGUGCAUCACAGCCGAGGGCGGCGCUUUGGAGACUGACGGCGAGGGCACCCUGCUCGCCAGCGAGAGCUCCCUCGUCAACGACAACAGGAACCCGGGCCGGACCAGGUCUCACAUCGAGGCCGAGCUGCGCCGCACACUGGGCGUGACAAAGUUCAUAUGGAUACCGGGCCUUGAAGACGGCGACUCGACGGACUUUCACGUCGACGCCUACGCGCUCUUCGCGAGGCCGGGCGUGGUUGUCGUGUCGGCGCCUAGCGAGACUGAAGAGGCGAGCCGGUGGACGGAUGCGUACGCCGAGGCCCGCGAGGUGCUGGCUUCCGCGACGGACGCCAGGGGGCGCAAGUUGGAAAUCGUGGAGAUUCAGGAGCCGAGGGUGGAAAAGGUCGUGCCGGGGGGGGAUUUAGCCGCUGUCGAGCACGGGGAAGGGCACAGGCCGGUGCACAGCUAUGUCAACUUUUUGAUUGUGAAUGGCGGUGUGGUGUUGCCCCAGUUUGGGGACGGGAUGGCGGACAGGAGGGCGGCGGAGACGGCGAGGAGGGUAUUUGGGGAAGAGAGGGAGGUGGUUCCCGUUUUGAUUCGCGAGUUGCCGCUUCUGGGGGGUGGGAUUCAUUGCGCUUCGCAGGAGGUGCCGUGUGUAGAUGGCGGUUCCGUUUGA